AUGUCUUUGUGCGAGGCAGAAAAGGUGAAUGGACAGUCUCUGGUUCCCACCAUGAAGCAUGGAGGAAGAGGCUCAUCAGAAUCUCAGCUGCCAGGCAGGAGUGAUGCAGAUCAAGUUGGGCAGUCACCAGGUGGCAAGAUCUACAUCCCCUAUGAGUCUGCUGAACUCUGCAUUGCUCAGAUAGCCAAGGACAUGGAAAGCAUGAGUAAAAGGCAUCUGGAAAUGGUCCAGGAGCUGGAAGAGAACUUCCAGAUGACAAUGCAGGAGAACCAGGAUUGUACCGUGCAGAAGAUCAGAUCUCACUAUCAGAACAAGUUAAACACUCUGCGAAAAAUCCUGGACAUCUACCAGGAGAAGGUGGAGAAGAAGAAAGCCAACUGGGAGGCUAAAGUUGAGACCCUGAAAGCUCAAAACGAGCUGUUGCUGAAGGAGCAGAGAGCUGAGAGGAAGAGGAGCAUGGAAGAGGCCCUGCAGUGGCACAGAGAAAAGAGCAAAAUGCUGGAACUGUUCUCCAACAGACUGGAUGCCCUGCACAGUCAGCAGGCCUCCACAUUGCAGGAGCUACAGAUGGCCCGACAAGAAAUAGGAAAAGUCCAAGAAAUGUUGGUGGUCUCCACACAGGAGCAGCAGGAAACCACAGGGGAAGGUGAAAACCUGGAGAUUGAAGGACUGUCAGCACAGCAACAAACAAGGGACUGCAGUGAUUCUGAUAAACCACUGGAGGGCGCUAAAGCUCGUCUAGAGGAACUAAAGGAGAGCCUGUACCAGAGGGAGAGGGAGAUCACCGAACUGCUGGAGGCAGAGAGAAGCCCCAUUCCUCCGGUGCCUCAGCCACCCUGCGGCGUUCUGCUUUCCCUCGUCAUACACAAGGCUCAUGAAAUCUGCAGUGCAGUGCCUGAAACCAGAGCCCUGUUAGACCAGAUGAUUGAGGACAAUCGGGUUGCUCUGGCCUCAGCCAGAAACAAACUGGACCGACUCAAGAAUGUUCAAGAAGAAAGCAAUGACAGAGAGGAUGCCACUGACAAAGAGGGGUCAGAGAAAUACAACUCAAAUCUGUCUCUAUUGCAAGAAACAGUGAAGGAAAUUGAGGUCUGUCAAAUCGCUUUAGGCUGCAUUAAAAAUGGAGAGAGCCCUGUGAUGAAUGACUGUGCAGUUUCAGAACUGGAGGAUAUCCUGGGUCAGGAGGCAAGCCAAACCACGGGUGGAGUUAAGAGUGCCGGUAAAAUUAGAGUGUUUUGUCGGAUUCGCCCUGCGAGCCGAGCCGAAGCUGCGCAGGGUGGCGCCAUCGUUGUGGAAAAAAUAGAUGAAUACUCUGUCACCGUAGAAACCCCUCGUGGACCAAGGGAGUUUCAGUUUGACAAGGUGUUCAGUGCUGAAGCCUCUCAGGAAGACUUGUUUCAUGACACCAGCAGGCUGAUCCAGUUAGCUAUCGACGGUUACAACGUUUGUGUCUUUGCAUAUGGCCAGACGGGCUCAGGGAAGACCUUCACUAUGGUUGGGGACAAGGAACAGAAGAAUCCCGGGAUCAUCCCGAGAGCUUUCAAUGCCAUGUUUGAUAUCAUGCGCGAGAACAGCUCUAAAUUCAGUUUUAAGGUUUCAGCCUAUAUGCUGGAGCUCUACAAUGACAGGCUGCAGGACCUCUUUGCGAGCCAGGCUGGUGAGGCCCACGUACACACUCAAUCCCAUGGCCAGGCCAGGCGGGUGGAGAUCAAGAGGAACAGAAAGGGAGUUGUGUUCGCCCAAGGAGCAGAGACAAAAGAGGCUUCCAGUGCCCAGGAGCUCUACGCUCUGUUCCAGCAGGCCUGCGCAAACCGACACAUCUCUGCCACCAAGAUGAACGUGGAGAGUUCCCGCUCUCAUCUUAUUGUUGGCAUCAUGUUGGAGAGCAGGAAUCUGACAAAUGGGAGUGUAAGCAGUGGGAAGCUGAGCCUUGUAGACCUGGCAGGCAGUGAGCGAGCAGCCAAAACAGGUGCCAAGGACCACCAGCUGAAGGAGGCAAACUCCAUUAACAAGUCUUUGAGUGCACUGGGUGAUGUGAUCUCAGCUUUAUCUGCUGAACUGCCCCAUGUGCCAUACAGGAAUAGCAAGCUAACACAGGUGAUGCAAGACUCUUUGGGUGGAAAUGCUAAAACUCUGAUGAUCGUCAACACCUCUCCUACAGAAUACAAUCUUGACGAGACGCUCACAUCUCUUAUUUAUGCAACAAGAGUGAAGGCCAUAACCAACAACGCUCAGAGAAAUGUGGAAAGCAAAGAGAUUGCCCAGCUGAAAGAGGUGAUCAUGAAACUGAGAUCUGGGCAGAGCGUGGAAGAGGAAGAUGUUUGAACCGUU